GUUGUUUUUAAACAUCUCUCAUCACUUAAUUAGCAACUCAAAGCCACAAACCAAAAAUGAAAGGAAACAAUCCCUAUUUCGUCGUUGUUGUCAUACAAGCCAUAUACGCUGCUAUGUUUCUUCUAUCAAAAGCUGCAUUCGAUCAUGGCAUGAACAACUUCAUCUUUGUCUUCUAUAGACAGGCAAUAGCAACCAUCUUUUUGACCCCUUUCACUUUCUACUUCGAGUGGAAAACUGCACCACCUAUGUCUUUUUGGACCUUCUGCAAGAUCUUCUUCCUUUCUUUCUUCGGGAUUACUUUAAGCUUGGACAUAUAUGGUAUUGGCCUUAUUUACACCUCAGCAACUUUGGCUGCUGCUACUACAAACUGUCUUCCAGUUAUCACCUUCUUCUUGGCGCUCCUACUAAGGAUCGAGAGUUUGAAAAUAAAGACGAGGUCUGGGAUGGCCAAGUUAAUAGGCAUUGUGGGAUGCUUGGCUGGGGCAGCAACCCUUGCCUUUUAUAAAGGUCCUCCGUUGAAACUUUUAAGCCAUUAUCACCUUUUGGAUCACCAUAAAACCCUACAACAUCAAGGUCAUGCCCCGUCUGGCGCAUGGAUCAAGGGUUGCUUCCUCAUGCUUCUCUCCAACUCCUGUUUCGGACUCUGGCUUGUACUACAGGCUUUUAUUAUAAAAGGGUACCCUUCGAAGCUGCUAUUCACAACUCUUCAGUGUUUCUUAAGCUCAAUUCAGUCUUUUGUCAUUGCCUUCGCCGUAGAAAGAGACAUUGAGCAAUGGAAGUUGGGUUGGAAUGUCAGGCUCCUCGCCGUAAUAUACUGUGGAAUUAUGGUGACCGGUGUGACAUAUUACUUACAAACAUGGGUCAUAGAGAAGAAAGGACCUGUGUUUCUAGCCAUGUCAACUCCACUUGCUCUUAUUAUUACAAUCUUCGCCUCUGCAACCGUCUUGGGUGAAAUAAUCAGUUUGGGAAGCCUUUUAGGAGGGUUGGUAUUGGUUCUAGGACUAUACAGCGUACUGUGGGGAAAGAGCAGGGAGCAAAUGGCAAAAGCCACCAUUGACGUGGAGCAGGCACCGGUUUAUAAGAAUAAUGAUAUGUGAUAUAUAUGAAUGAGUGUUGCCAAAAUUUUGCAUGCCAAGUAACAACUAAUGCAUCGCAACGCUUUAAGCCUGCGGAUAUAUAUAUAUACCAAAGAACAAAUUCAAAUGUAAAUGUUUGACUACUGGUCCCUUUGUGGCCCAAAAAUUUGGGUUGUAAGCCGUCAUUUUUCAUUUCAUUUUCAUCUCUUGCGAUAUCCUUUUAGAGUAAUAAGUGAAUGUAUUAAUAGCUUAAAAAUUCAAUUAUAAAUCAUCAUUAUGUAUGAUAAUUCAGUCAGUUGAUUUUUUAAAAUAAGCUUAAAUAUAUAUAUUUGUCUUAGAGCA